GCCGCCUGGACCAUGUAAUUGGGGAGCCGAGGAGAGCGUCCUUCCGAUUCUCCUUCUUCCUUGUCCCCGCCAAAAAACAGCAGAAGAUCAAAGCUCGACGAUGACGAAGAAGCCGGCACGAAGAGUGCUCUGCUGGGUGAGCUUCCUCGCGAUCGCCGGCACCUUCCGCCUCGGCGCUGCUCAGUCAGUUUGUGCUGGCACUGAGAACAAGCUAAGCUCUUUGUCUGAUCUUGAGCAACAGUAUCGUGCAUUGCGAAAGUACUAUGAGAACUGCGAGGUAGUUAUGGGUAACCUAGAAAUCACCAGCAUUGAACAUAACCGAGAUCUCUCCUUCUUACGGUCUAUCCGAGAAGUCACUGGCUAUGUUUUGGUAGCUUUGAAUCAAUUUGAAUACCUUCCCUUGGAGAAUCUGCGCAUCAUCCGUGGAACUAAACUCUAUGAUCGUUCUGCAUUGGCCAUCUUCCUUAACUACAAAAAGGAUGGUAGCUUUGGACUUAGGCGGCUUGGGCUGAAGAACUUGACUGAAAUCUUAAAUGGAGGAGUGUAUGUUGGACAGAACAGAUUUCUUUGCUAUGCAGACACCAUUCAGUGGGAAGAUAUUGUUCGUAACCCUUUGGCUUCCAACUUUUCUGUGGUUCCAAAAAACAGCAGUGCAGAUUGUGGACCAUGUCACAAGUCCUGUGGAAACCGGUGUUGGGGACCUUCAGCAGAUGAAUGCCAGACCUUGACGAAGAUGGUAUGUGCUGAGCAAUGUGAUGGGAGGUGUUAUGGGCGCUCUGUCAGCGAAUGCUGCCACCGUGAAUGCGCAGGAGGCUGUUCUGGACCAAAAGACACCGAUUGCUUUGCUUGUAUGAAUUUUAAUGACAGUGGGGCUUGUGUCACGCAGUGUCCGCAGACUUCAGUUUACAACCCUGCCACCUUCCAGAUGGAAAACAACCGAGACGGCAAAUACACCUAUGGAGCGUUUUGUGUCAAAAAGUGCCCGCAUAACUUCGUGGUUGAUAUCAGCUCUUGUGUGCGUGCUUGUCCCAGCCCCAAGAUGGAAGUUGAAGAAAACGGCAUUAAGACAUGUAAACCAUGCACUGACAUUUGCCCUAAAGCAUGCGAUGGCAUAGGUACAGGAAGUUUGAUGUAUGCCCAAACAGUAGACUCCAGCAACAUUGACAAAUUUGUCAACUGUACCAAGAUCAAUGGGAACCUGAUCUUCCUUGUCACUGGGAUUCAUGGGGACCCCUAUCACACAAUAGAAGCAAUUGACCCUCAGAAUUUAAAUGUCUUUCAAACAGUGAGAGAGAUAACAGGAUUCCUGAAUAUACAAUCAUGGCCUGAAAACAUGACCGAUUUCAGUGUGUUUUCUAACCUAGUUACUAUCGGUGGAAGAGCACUGUACAGUGGCCUUUCUUUGCUUAUUCUCAAGCAGCAGGGAAUUAGAUCUCUACAGUUCCAGUCCCUGAAGCAUAUCAGUGCUGGCAACAUCUACAUAACAGACAAUAGUAACUUGUGCUACUAUCACACCAUCAACUGGACCAGCCUCUUCAGCACUCCUAAUCAAAAGACUGUGAUCCACAGAAAUAAGAAGGCUGAAAACUGCACUACAGAGGGCAUGGUGUGCAGCCAUUUAUGCUCAAGAAAUGGAUGUUGGGGGCCAGGACCAGACCAAUGUCUGUCCUGCAAGCACUUCAUCAGGGGAAGGACCUGCGUAAAGGCUUGUAAUCUUUAUGAUGGGGAAUACAGGGAGUUUGCAAAUGGUUCUGUCUGCGUGGAAUGCGACCCUCAGUGUGAGAAGAUGGACAACAGGAGGAUCACCUGCCGGGGACCGGGAGCAGACCAGUGCACCAAGUGCUUCCAUUUUAAAGAUGGCCCCAAUUGUGUCGAAAAGUGCCCUGAUGGUGUACAAGGGACAAACAGCUUCAUAUUCAAAUAUGCUGAUGAAGACCGUGAAUGUCACUCUUGUCAUCCAAACUGUACUCAGGGGUGCAUAGGCCCGCGCCUCGAGGACUGCAUUGGUUUCAUGGAUAGGUGUAGAGGCCCCUCUAGUCAUGACUGCAUUUACUAUCCGUGGACACGCCAGUCCACUUUACUACAACACGCUAGAACGCCCCUGAUAGCUGCCGGAGUGAUUGGAGGACUCUUCAUCAUCGUCAUUCUGGGCUUGACGUUUGCAGUUUAUGUGAGGCGCAAGAGCAUCAAAAAAAAGAGGGCUUUGCGAAGGUUCUUGGAGACUGAGCUGGUGGAACCCUUGACCCCUAGUGGCACAGCCCCCAACCAGGCACAGCUCCGCAUUCUGAAAGAAACAGAGCUGAAACGUGUCAAAGUCCUUGGAUCUGGGGCCUUUGGAACUGUCUACAAGGGUGUUUGGGUUCCUGAGGGAGAGAGUGUGAAGAUUCCUGUGGCCAUUAAAAUCCUGAAUGAGACAACUGGCCCCAAAGCCAAUGUGGAGUUCAUGGAUGAAGCUCUUAUAAUGGCGAGCAUGGAUCAUCCACAUCUGGUACGGCUACUAGGAGUCUGCUUGAGCCCAACCAUCCAGCUAGUUACUCAGCUGAUGCCCCACGGCUGCUUACUGGACUACGUUCAUGAACACAAGGAUAACAUUGGCUCCCAGCUGCUGCUUAACUGGUGUGUCCAGAUAGCCAAGGGAAUGAUGUACCUGGAAGAGAGGCGAUUGGUUCACAGAGACUUGGCAGCCAGGAAUGUCUUAGUGAAAUCACCAAACCAUGUGAAGAUCACAGACUUUGGCUUGGCCAGGCUACUGGAAGGGGAUGAGAAAGAGUACAGUGCUGAUGGAGGAAAGAUGCCAAUUAAGUGGAUGGCUCUUGAGUGUAUACAUUACAGGAAGUUCACCCAUCAGACUGACGUUUGGAGCUAUGGUGUCACCAUUUGGGAGCUUAUGACCUUUGGUGGAAAGCCCUAUGAUGGCAUCCCAACGAGAGAAAUUCCUGACUUGCUAGAGAAAGGCGAGCGCUUGCCACAACCUCCAAUCUGCACCAUUGAUGUUUACAUGGUCAUGGUGAAAUGUUGGAUGAUUGAUGCUGACAGUCGGCCUAAGUUCAAGGAAUUGGCUGCUGAAUUUUCUAGAAUGGCUCGAGAUCCUCAGAGAUACCUGGUCAUCCAGGGUGACGAUCGCAUGAAACUCCCAAGCCCAAAUGACAGCAAGUUUUUCCAGAAUCUUCUGGAUGAGGGAGACCUGGAAGACAUGAUGGAUGCUGAAGAAUACCUAGUUCCUCAGGCAUUUAACAUUCCUCCACCCAUCUAUACAUCCAGGGCAAGAAUGGACUCCAACAGGAGUGAAAUUGGACACAGCCCUCCUCCUGCCUACGCCCCUAUGUCAGGAAACCAGUUUAUCUACAGAGACGGCAGCUUGGCUACCGAACAAGUAAUUCCUUUGCCAUAUCGAGCUGCCAUGCCAAGCAUAGCACCAGAACCUCCCAUGAUGCAAAGUGCUGCAGAGAUCUGCGAUGAUACUUGCUGCAAUGGCACUUUGCGGAAGCAAGUGGCUAGCCUUUCGCAGGAAGACAGCAUCACUCAGAGGUACAGCGCUGACCCAACAGUUUUUAUACCUGAACGGGGGCCAAGAAAUGAGCUGGAUGAAGAUGGAUACAUGACUCCAAUGCCAGAAAAGCCCAAAACAGAUCACCUGAAUCCUGUGGAGGAGAACCCAUUUGUCUCUCGGCGGAAAAAUGGUGAUCUUCAAGCGCUGGACAACCCAGAAUAUCACAACGGCCAAAAUGGCCCACCCAAAGCAGAGGAUGAGUAUGUGAACGAGCCGCUGUACCUCAACACCUUCACAGGCACCUUCGAGAAUGCAGAGUACCUGAAGAAAAAUGGGCUUCCAUUGCCAGAGAAACCCAAGAAGGCGUUUGACAACCCAGGUUACUGGAAUCACAGUCUGCCCCCACGGAGUACCCUACAGCACCCGGACUACCUGCAGGAAUACAGCACAAAAUAUUUUUACAAACAAAAUGGAAGGAUCCGGCCCAUUGUGGCAGAGAACCCCGAAUACCUCUCAGAGUUCUCCCUGAAGCCUGGCACAAUGCUGCCCCCUCCACCCUACAGACACCGAAACACAGUGGUGUAAUCCCAAAAGCGUGGAAGUCAUGGGGGACCCAUAUACCAGCACUAUCCUUCCUCCUCCGUCUCUGUCUCCCUUCUCUUCUGUCCCUCCUUCUUACCUUCUCUUCUCCUUUUCUUGCCAGUUCUUCCUUCAGGUAGAUGUCUGCAAACGGAAAGGCACAGUUAAGUCAUUUGUUCCAGGAAGCCGGGAAGAAAGUAAAGUAAAGAGUGAACGA